AUGGACACUCAACGCGAUGCCAUGGUGACUCGCGGCCUCACCCAGCUGCAUACUGGUCUCGGCAUUCUCCUCGGAGCUGGUCGGAUAUCAACCGCCACCCAUGAGCAAAUACUUGCCCUCAUCAAUAACAAUGACGACAAUCCCAAUGCUUCUAACGCUGGUAAAGAGACGCCAAUCUCUCUUGUCUCGAAUGGCCUGGACAAUAGUUUCGAUAACUUGAAGAUUACCAAUAAGCCUCCCAGAGGACCUAGUGCAUCCAUCUCGUCGGCUUCACCUCUGUUUCCAAGAGAGAAUGCCUGGAGAACCCAACCAAGCCUUACCCCAGCUCCCAAAGAAGUACACCCCGAACCACGACGCUCCAAUGUCGUCUGCCCUUGGUUUUGGACGCCUGGCUAUACUUGCCGCGAAAAGGAAAAGGGCAUGUGUGCUUGGCUACAUGAAGACUGUUCCGAUGGCGUCAAGGAUCCUCUCAUCUGUGCCUUUUGGGCUGACGGCGAGCGCUGCACCAAGAGUGCAGAGGAUUGUCGCUUUGCCCACUACUGGGCCGCCCAUCGAGAAAUUGCCCCUCAGCCAGGACCCAAGUACAACCCGAAGUACAAAAAGUCCAAGAAAUUUUCGACCUCAUCUAACAACGAUGCUUUUUCCAAGUACUCGGAAGCUGGUGCCGGAACACUCCUUGACUAA